CACCGCCCCGGCUGCCAUCUCCUCCUCCUCCCGGGCCGCCGCCUCCUCCUCUUCCUCCUCCUCCUGGGCCGGGCUGAUCCCCUCCCCGCUGCCGCCUCCUCCUGGGCUGGGCCCGCGGUGUCUCGUCCCCUCGCGGAGCCGCUCCUGCCGCCGCCGCCGCCGCCUCCUCAUUCAUCCUCGUGCACCAUAGGCGGCACAGGCACCAAGAUGUCCAACCGAGUGGUCUGCCGGGAAGCCAGUCACGCCGGGAGCUGGUACACAGCCUCAGGACCGCAACUGAAUGCACAGCUAGAAGGUUGGCUUUCACAAGUACAGUCCACAAAAAGACCUGCUAGAGCCAUUAUUGCACCCCACGCAGGGUAUACGUACUGUGGGUCUUGUGCUGCUCAUGCUUACAAACAAGUGGAUCCAUCUAUUACCCGGAGAAUUUUCAUCCUUGGGCCUUCUCAUCAUGUGCCCCUUUCUCGAUGUGCACUUUCCAGUGUGGAUAUAUAUAGGACACCUCUGUAUGACCUUCGUAUUGACCAAAAGAUUUACGGAGAACUGUGGAAGACAGGAAUGUUUGAACGAAUGUCUCUGCAGACAGAUGAAGAUGAACACAGUAUUGAAAUGCAUUUGCCUUAUACAGCUAAAGCCAUGGAAAGCCAUAAGGAUGAGUUUACCAUUAUUCCUGUAUUGGUUGGAGCUCUGAGUGAGUCAAAAGAACAGGAAUUCGGAAAACUCUUCAGUAAAUAUCUAGCGGAUCCUAGUAAUCUCUUUGUGGUUUCUUCUGAUUUCUGCCAUUGGGGUCAAAGGUUCCGUUACAGUUACUAUGAUGAAUCCCAGGGGGAGAUUUAUAGAUCCAUUGAACAUCUAGAUAAAAUGGGUAUGAGUAUUAUAGAACAAUUAGACCCUGUAUCUUUUAGCAAUUACUUGAAGAAAUACCAUAAUACUAUAUGUGGAAGACAUCCCAUUGGGGUGUUAUUAAAUGCUAUCACAGAGCUGCAGAAGAAUGGAAUGAAUAUGAGCUUUUCCUUUUUGAAUUAUGCCCAGUCAAGCCAGUGUCGAAACUGGCAAGACAGUUCAGUGAGUUAUGCAGCUGGAGCACUCACGGUUCACUGAAGCUCUGAAUCCUCAGGGAUGCCACCUGCACAUACUCAUACUCUGUCCAGGGUCCCAGCCUAACCCUUACCAAGAUACUGGUCCUGGUUUGGGGGGAUUCUGAAACCUCAAACUAAUGGAACUUUCUUCUCUUCUUUUCUAGUAGGUGUAGUCCUUCCUUAAUUUCAACUCAUUAAAAAAAUGCUUUAUAGUUUAGAGCAGUGGAAGGAAGGCUGGCAUCAAAAUAUUUUGAUCAAAAAAAAAAAAAAAGGCAAUGUAAAGGCACAGUUGUGGCAGUCAGUUUUUUGAAAGUUAACUUGUAAAGCAUUUACCAUAUCCUAAAUUUGCACUCUUUGCAGACUUGUGCACAUAUACUCCGCUUUCAGAAUAGUUUUGCAAAUUGUACACAAACAAACAAAGGGUGGAAGCUUUUUAAUAAAGAAAUUGCAUUUAUAAAUGAUCUGUAUUAGAAUAUAAAAAUCUCCAGUUAUAGUCAAUUACUACCCGUGUUGUACAACAGAUACCUUCUAUUUUAGUUGCUAAUAAAGGGCUACACAACUCAAAAUAGUCUGAUUUAAACUUAUUGCUCUGUGGUACAUAUAAAAAUUGUUUUUUAUUAAUUCCAUUUCAGAAUUUUUAUGUUAAAAGUGGUAAACUUUAACUCUUAUGUAAAAAUAUGUUAGGAUGUAUUUUUAUAUUUUACAUAUUUAUGUGAUUUUUUUAUCACAGAUAUUAGAAUCAUAUUUUAAAGUUAGCUUUUAAAAUUACAUACAGUUUGCCUUUUUAUGUGUGACAUCACUUUGUGUCAUUACUGUAUUAUAACACAAUAUAAAUUCAAGAUUGGUAAAGAACAUAGGUGUAGUCCUGUAAUUCAGAGAUAGUGCUUGAUAGGCAGUAGUCUGCAAAUGAGGAAAUACUGAAGAAUGUUCUUAGUGGUUUUCAAAUCAUUGCAGACCAUACACUGCUGCUAUGCUUUUUUAGUGCUUCAAGCAAUUUGACUCUCUUACUUGAAUUUUUAGCAAGAAGUCAUUAACAAUAACAAAAAAACCACUGGAUUUUCUUACAGUUCUACAAUUUUUUUUUGUCAUGAUUUUUGGUGCGGCUCUUCCAACUAAAAUAAUGGUAUGGUGUUGUAUUUCUUCCUUUAGCAUAGACCAAUCGUAGUCACUUUGGCAAAAAAAAAAAGUUAAUUCAAUUAGUUAAUAUUGGCCAUCAUGUAUGUACUAGAUUAUACCUAUUUUAAUAUAACAGUGGGUAUUAUUACAUUGGAGAGCAUUUAUAUCUUCAGUGUUAUGCCAGAAUAGCACAAUUUUUAGAUGCCUUGCACCAAUUUUACUUAAAGAUUUGCAUUUCUUACUAAAUACCAACUUUCUAUACUCAAGAACUGAGAUAAAAUACUGUAAUCUUUUGGAUUCAAAACUACCCACCAAUCCAUAUGUGGAAAUUAUAUUCUUACAUAUUACUGAUUUAUUUCCCAUCAUUCAGAUAUACUUUUGAGUACUGUAAAUAUUUAUUCCUUAUUUAUUAUAUAGACUAUAAAAAUUUCAAAAUUGACUACAGAGUAAAUUUUUAAUGUUUUCUGGGUAUAAAACUAAUUACAUGAUUAUUACAGAAAAUUUAGAAAAUGCUGAUAGCUAUAAAGAAGAGAAAAAAAAUUACCUGCAAUCUCACUAUUCAGCGAUAUACACUGUUAAUAUUUUUUGUAUUUCCUUUCGGUCUUUGUCUAUGCUAUUUAUAUGUAUGAGUGUGUAUAUGUCUUUGUGUGUGUGCGUAAUAACAAAAUUGAGAUUAUGCUGAUCAUAUAGUUGUAUAUCCUACUUUUUAUAACUGACCAUCAUAAGUACUUCCCCAUGUCUUUGAAAAUGUGAUUUUUAGAAAUGGCUGCCUAAUAUUCUAUUGUAUGAAUACAACAUAAUUUAACCAGUUCUCUCUUUGGAUAUUAGAUUGUUUCUAAUGUUUGACAAUUAUAAAUAAUAGUGGGAUGGACAUCUUUGUAUGUGAAAUUUGAAUUCUAUAUUAGACUAGUUCUUUAGGAUAUAUUCAUGGGAAUGGGAUAAUUGGUUUAGAUGGUGAGAACUUUUUAAGCUCUUUAAAAUAUGACCAAGUUAUCCUUCAGAAAGAUUGUACCAAAUUAGCAGUUUAUGAGUACUCAUCGUACUGCCGCUUUUCCACUAUUAUUUUUUCUAAUCGUUGACAAUUUGUUAAGCAAAUAAUUGGUUGUUCUUUUGAUCAUUCUAUUAAGAGUGGCUUUAUAAUGAAUUAUUUUUUUCCCUUCUGUAAUUUUAUAGUUAAUUGAUUAAUAAAAAACACAAGAGGGUUGGUAGGUUGAGUGGGCUAUAGCCCUCUGAGUAUGUUUACUGUACAUUUAAAUCUCCAAAGUACUUCAACAUCACUUUACUUUAUCCUGGAAUAUGAGCUAUCUUUCUUAGUCAUAAAGUAGAAAGAGUUCCAAACUGAUAGUUAAGUGUUGGGUUCUGGAUCUGCCUCUGCCACUAAUUAUUUGUCUCACCAUAAAUAUUUCAUGUUGUAUCAAAACUUUAACUGUAAAAUGUAGAGGUGAUCUUUUAAGCACUUUCCGGUUUCAAAGUACUUUGAUCUUGUGAUUUUGCUCUUUAGAGAUUCUAAUGUCAUUUAUGUUUAAAAAGCUACAUGGUUGAAUUGGAUUAGAAGUAUUAUCUUUUGAUUUCAACUCUACAUACAUGAAAACGAAAGUCCUUUUUUUUAAUACAAAAGGGAAAUUAAUUUGCAUUGCUUAAUGCAGUUAAUAUUACCUAAAUUGUUGAACUUAAGCUUUCCUGCUUUAAGUGCCUUUAAAAGUAUUUUUAUUUGAAAUAUAAAAUGUAAAGGAAAUUUUAUGUAGUUCUAUACAGUUUCUUUUUUUUGAUAUACUUUUGAGUUAUUAGCAGCAACUUUUUUUUAAACCUUAGAUUGCACAGAGCAGUAUAUUCAUGGAUUCUUCACUAUUCGGGUAAUGAGUCCUUGAGAAAUGUAUGUUAAAGAUUAGCUCAGUGAGCAGGUAAGUAAAUGCUCUCUGUCUUGGGUGGGCAACAAAUCUUUUAUACAGAGUAGGGAUAAAGGAUUAUUCAGAUUCCAGUGUUUAGAUAUUCCAAUGGAGAUAGUAGGUGUCCUGAGUUAGUUAAUGGUUAUUAUUGCAGAUCUCAAAUUUUUCUUUGGUAGCAAAUAGUUCAUUAUCGUAGAUUAGAGGUUGGUAAAUGUUUUGUGUGAAGGGCCACAUAAUAAAUAUUUUAGGUUUUUCAGGCCAUCUAGUCGCUCCACAGCUAUUCACUUUUGCCAUUGUAACACAAAUGCAGCCAUAGACAAUGUGUAAAUGAGUCAUUGUGGCUGUGCUUCACUCACACUUUAUUUACACAAAAAGAUGGUGAGCUGGAUUUGGUCCAUAGGCCAUAGUUUGCUGUCCUAGAUGGUAUAGUUCACUUGUAGUUCAAAUUACUGGCUAGUAAUUUAAACUGUAACAAAUGGUUGUGAGUUUCUGUCAUUCCAGCCCUCUCUUAAUUUGAUGUAGUCUGGCUGGCUGGGUUUGAAUGUUAUUUAGGAUUGUAAAGGUAAGUGGGAAGUGGGUAUGGGAAACUAGAAACUAUUAGGGAAAAAAGCACUUUGAAGCCCUUUUAUUUGCUAGAGCCCAUUAGGAGUUUUGCUUUGCUGCCAUAGUUAAUCAAAAGAGUGAUGAGUGGAGGUUGUGAUUGGUGGUUGCAGAUUAUAUAAAUUAUUAUUAAGCACUUGGCUACCUAGAUGAUAGUAGAGGGUGGAACAGAUAAGAGAAAUUGUGAAAUGUGAGACUUUAUUUUGCCAUAUAAAGAAAGACUGUUGGAAAAAUAACUACCAUCUUCCAUCACCAUCACUUUGUUUAAGACCCCCUCAAAUUCCUCCCAUAUUUAGGAAGGACAUAAACUUAGAAUAAAAGAGAGUUAUUUAAGUUGAAUGACUUUAAGUUGAUGGAAAAAUUGCUCCACCUGUUCUUUUCUCAUCUACUCUGUAUCACUGAAAAUUUCAUCAAGGAGUAGUAUCAGUCCAUAGACUGGCAGUUGGAAAGUGCUGUGAUACAGUUGCUGAAAGAUCUAAUGUAGUUAUAAAAUUAUUAUUGAUAAGGAGAUGUAGUAAACCACAUGUACUCUGAUAUUCAGACUAAAACUUUUAUAUUAUUGUGUUAAAUUGUAAGUGCCACAUAUCAAAAGUGACAUUGUGAAGUAUAGUGUUCAUAAGGAGGCAGACUGAAAAUUGUAAGUGCCACAUAUCAAAAAUGACAUUGUGAAGUAUAGUGUUCAUAAGGAGGCAGACUGAAUGUUGAAAGUCUUGAGUGGGAUGCAAACAUAUUGGUGAUACUUAUUUUGGAGAAAAUAAGUUUAAAGAGAGGGAGUUUUCUUCAGAUAUUUGAGUGACUGCCAUGUGUAAGAAGGAAUAGAAUUGUUCUGUCUUAUUCUAGGUAGAAAAAUUAAUUAUAAGAAAUGGAAGUUUCUGGUUCCACAUUUAAGGAGAAUUAUGUGUAUUGAGAAUUUCUACAUGAAAAUCAGCUCUGUCCUCAUAAAAUCAUUGGAAGUAUUCACACAAAAGCUAGAUCAGUGGUUCUCAAAGUAGGAGCCCUAGACUAUCAGCAUCAGCACCACCACUAGAGUAUAUUACCUGUGUAGACCUGAAAUUAUGGAUCACCAAGCUGAAAAAAAGCUAAUGGAAUUAGUAUAAAUAAAAUGGAACUUAUUUCAUUUGUAUAAAACUGUUAAGGGAAAUAAUUUUUAAAUAAAAACUGAUUUUGAUCAUUUAACACUAACUUUCAACAGAGAUUAUAAAUUGAUGAUUGUUACUUAAUUGUUAGUGAAAGUGACUUAGCUUUCCUAAAUCUAAAACAGAGCUAUAUCAGUAUCAGAAAAGGGUAUUGAGGGAGCUUGCUCUUUUUAUAUUAUUUUAAUGUCAAAAUAUUGGGAGGGGAACCAAGAGCAGCUGGCAGAUAAGUUUUCUCUGUGCUUUUCCUCUUUUCCUAUGCUGUAAAUAUGACCGAGUGGCAUGUCACAGUAUUACAUUGACCAUGCUAUAUACAUUUGGUAAAAGUAAUGCUGGUAACUGGAACUUCUGCCUUUGUAACGUAAUUGUUGUGUAUGGAGUUUGUUUGCCUAUCCUAAGUUUAUUGAUAUGUUCUGUUUUUUGGGUCCUCUGUGAAGAACUGUAGAGUUUUAGAUUUGUCAUUUGUUCAAGGGUUCUCCAGUGGUCACAGAGUGGUUUGUACCCAGGGCUUAUCACAUUUACAGUGUUUGUUUGUAUUUAAUUCUAAUGCAAGGUUUUGGCCAUCACCCUAGAAAAAUAAUGGAAAAAAUUUAAAGCCAGUUCUCCUAAGUUUGAAAGCCAUAUAAUGCAAUUGGUUUUUCAUUAUAAAUUGUACACUAUAUUGAAAUGUAUAUUUCAUACUGUAUAAAGUGAGGUUUGUAAUUUUACUAGAUACAGUCCUAUUUUUUUCCUAUCAGCCUAAUAAGGAAACCAAAGAGAAUGUUAUUAACUUAUUCAAGGCCAAGUGUAUUCAGCUAUGAGUAAGACCUUAGUUCUGGUCUUUAAGUCUGCCAAUGUAAACUUUGGAAAAUAUUUUAAUUUUUGUGACCACAGUAUUCUCUGAAUUACUUACUGAAUGUGAUAUUAUAUACAUUUAAGUAAAAAGUAUUAAAGCAAGAUGAAAACUAAGAAAAUUAGAAUGACAUGUGAAUGACAUCAUAUAAAUGACAAGACUGAGUUUUGUGAGUUUUAAAAUUAAAUACCUAGACUGUUGAACUAGAUUUAAUAAAAUAUUUUUACCUUAACAAUUUUAUAAAUGGAAAUUCUUUUCUAAGAAGUUUUUUUUUCCAUUUAAAAUUUACCCAUUUAAAUCUAGCACAUAAGAGACUUCAGUUGGUAUUGGUUCAACUUUGAUGAAUUGAAUUUUAAAGCAAGGAGAACAAAAGGCAAUCUUUAUAUGAAGUGUUUUUUAAAGGACAGGAAAACAAACCUUUUAACUGGAAGCAAUUUUUAAUUGGCUUUUUCCAUGUUCAGUUUUUGAUUGUGGAAACCAGCUUCCUUAUUAAUUUUAAAAGAUGGUAGAAUUUAAUAUUCCUAGGGUCUAUGUAAUGCCAAAUGAAUGAUAAUAUAAGUGAUCUGGUAAAUUUGAAACCAUUGGCCCAUGAUUCUUAGCUCAUAUUUUAUAAUAUCCUGUGGUGUUUACUGUUAUUUAAAAGAGUUACAGAGUUUUUAAAACAGCUAAUUAAACUGUGUUUUAGCUGUUUGUCCAAUGACAUGUCUAGCCAACUCUCAAGUAAAAAGAUGUUUUGAGGUGCUAGAAGCUUCGCACUGGAAUCCAUUUUCAGCUUUGCCAGUGAGUUGCUACUGAUUUGCUGGAACAAAUCAUUGGUCUUUCCUAGAGCAGAGUUUAUCUCUUUAUUAAUGUGUGUUAGAAGUGAAUAGUAUGACUCCUAAGGGCCUUUCCACCUUUGACUUUUUAUGAUGAUAAUAAAAAUACCUUAUUAUUUAAUAUAUUGUACUUUUAACAUAUUGUAAUUUAAAAAAUAUGUUUCACACCUUUUUCUUUUCUCUUAAUCUCAACAAUAAGUAGGCCAGACGUUACUGUAUUUUUAUUGAUAGAGACUCAGAGGCCCAUACAAAUAACAUGACUUAUAUAAGUUUGCAUGGCUAGUUAGUAUGAAGAGCUAGCAAGAAGUCAGCUCUUCUAAUUUUUAGUCUUGUGUGUUACAAAUGCUAUACCAUAUUAUUAUUCUAUGUUUUGUUUUUGGUGCUGGCUCUUUGAGAUAUCAUAUUGAAUUCAAAUAGUAAUGGGUUUGUGCAACUUUAGUGAAAAUGGGAAUAAUUCAUGUAAACAUCUACUUUGAUUAAUUCAGGCAAAAACAGAUUUUUUUUUGGUGGAUUAAAAUACUCCUAAUAACUGCAGACUUCUGUUCUCUUUGCUGGGAGGUUUACUUUUAGACCUCAAAAUUCUGUGCUAUUGCUUGCAUCGUUAAAAAUGCACUUCUUCUUUGUAAUGAGACUGUGACAAAAAAUGAAUUUAAGUUUUGUGAUUUCUGAUGGUGAGACUUUGCAGCAGACACUCUCACCAUUCCAGUUCAUGCAUUAACGUGUCCUGCAAGCACCUGCGACUCUGCCUUGGAUUUUCUCACCUGCAUACAGGGCAGACUGGAAGUGCUAGGAAGAUAAUCCUCUGGGAGCAUCCCUCAGCCAGUGAUAGAUGGGAAUCGGAGAAUAAUUAUUCCAGCUUCCUUGCCCUUCUGGUAAUACUUUGAGGCGUGUUUCAUGUGGUUUCCUAGAGUUUCCAGUGGGGCUGGACCUCAUUGCCCACAACAGGAGACUGUUAAAUAUGCAUUCUUUAUUUUCUUCCUCUUCUUCUCUGUCUCACUUCUCAUUCCUUUAACAAUGUUUUCUGACAUUACCUCCCAAAUGAGAUUCUUGUCUUUGAAUCCUGUCUCAGAGUCUGUUUCUGGGGUAAACUAAAACAUGUUUGAUUUGGGAAAUAAGUUAUUACUAGUGUUCUUGUUAGAUAUGAAAGAUUUUUUUUUAAGGCAAUUAUUUUUAACAAGAUCUAAAACAAGUAUUUUAAUAUUCUGAUUCUUUAAUUAGUCUCAUAAUCACAUCCAUGUUCAAAUUAAUUUCCUUAGCUUCAUUUCCUAACAAAGGAAAGAUUCAAGUAGAAAUUCAGGGUAAAUAUCUUAUGUGGAAAUCUUUCUACCAUAUCUUUUUGUCCUUCUAAAGAAAAUUAUGGCCUGAUUUUCCAAAUGCUUUAUACGGACACAGUGGGUUAUCUAUUUUGGUAGAAAUUGAAUUAACAUGGAAUUUGGUUCAGCCAACAUUAUAGAUUAUUUUCUACUUGAAUCCAGCCUUCUCAUCUCUUAUCAGGACCUGCUUAUUCACAAUCCGUGACCAGGAUUAGCCUUGCCGAACAUUGAUUGUAAGGAUAAAUUUAGUUCCUGGCUAAUUUCCCCAAAGAUUGCUCUGUGGUCCUUGUUAACUCAAAACUUUUUCUGAUUUAUUAAAGAUUAAGAAUAUGGAGUUUUAAAGUUGAAUAAGCGCUAUGUUAAAUUCAGUGUAUUGUAAGUACAUCUUUUGUAGUUCUUUGAUACCUUUUUUUUGAACUAGAAAUAAUGAUUUUUAUAUGUUUUUUAAAAAAUUGAUGUGGGAGAUUUGUAUUCCUUUUAGGCAUAUGUUAGUUAUCAGUCUUCUUCUUUUUUCCAUGUAAAAAUUGUGUUUGUAUGUCUGAAAUGUAUUCUCUAUUGAUUUGGUUUAUGCGAUGGAACAUGCAUGAAUUUAACCAAGUUUAUAGUUCUAUUUAUAGGGCCAUCCUAAGAUUAGCACGCACAGAUUUUUUUCCAUAGGAAAAACAAAACAUUUAAAGAAUGUAUUUUAAUUAGUUAUCCUUUUUGUAAAGUAACAUCUUUAAACAUUUGUAUUUUUUUUAAGCAAAAAUACCAGAGAGUGUAUACAGAGUAUUUUCCCUCAAUGCAGUUGCCUUGUGGUAACUUCACAUUCUGCCAUGUUCUUUUGAAUAUAUGACAGGGCGUUUAUUGACCUUUGAGGUUACAUUUGUCUGUUAGAAAUGUUCAAAGGUCAGCUGGGUGAUUAAAUUGGGUAAUAUGGUCUAGGGGGAAAAUAGUUACAAAGGAGUAAGUCUGACUUUCUCCUGGGACACAUCAAACUGGUCUAAAGUGGAAACUGUCUCCUCAGAAUCUCUGCAGUGGCAUAUUGGAAAAAGCUUGUAGUCUAUUAAAGUAACUAUUCAUUUGUAAAUAUAAGUUCUGUUAUUUCAAAAACAUUAAUCUUGUUAUUUUUUAGACGUGUUACUUCCCAACAACUAAUUUAUUAUCAAAUCCAGUCAAGGCUUUUGGCAUUUCAAAUAUCUCAAUAUGAUAGAUUGAAAAUUUGGAGUAAGAACCAGAGAUGAUUUUUAAAAUGUGUUAAGAAGGCUGUCCCAUUUCCUGAACACUAAAUAUUUUCUGUAAGGAAUGUUAGAUCAAAAAUGUGAAAUAUCUUUUUACAGUCUUUACUGGAAGCUGAUUCUUCGUGCUAAAUGUGAACAAUCUCAUGAUAACUUGAUGUAAAACAAGCUUGAAAAAUUGUCUCUUUUCAAAAUUUCACGUAUUUUGCAUCACCAGUAGGCCACUUAUGCAAUACCUCUGUACUAAAUAUUCAAGUACAACCUGGACUUUUUAAGGUUUAAAAAGUGCUCCCUGCCUACAUUAAUGUUAAGUACUUGUAUUUAACAAUGUUAUAUUUCUGAGUGUUUGUUAAUUUGAUGAAUCUUAUAGUGUUAGUCUGUUCCUGAAAGUUCUACUUGGUACAGUUGUCAGAGAAAAUUAACUUGGAUGAAACAAUGAUGCAUGUUUUAAUAGUUAAAAUAUUUUAAAAUUUCUAUUUAAAAAGUAGAUCUCCAUAAUUGCCACAGAUAAUUUUGUAAUUUCUGGUUCUUAUUGUUUUUGUGUUAGGAAAAUAUUUACCUUGCAGUGCUUGAUUUACAUUUUUUGCUGUUUGAAAAAUCUUCACAUUUAUUGUCUCAACAGAAAUAAUUUUUAACUAAAUGUUUACAUUAUUGAAUGAGGGAAGUUGAACCAAUUGUUAUUACUAAAACUGGUCUAAAUUUAGGUCUAGUGUUUUGCAUUAGGUUUGUGAUUGAAUAUCUGAAGGAUAUCAGUUUCCACUCAGAUAUUUACAUUAGAAUUGAUAUUGGAUUCAAAAUUGCUUGAUUGUAAUUUACAUUUUAAGUGUAAUGUAGAGGUUUUGCAUUAUUAGUGUUGUUUUAAAUUUCUACCUUCAUUUAGGCUUGUUUAUAAAAUGAAGAUUAAAAAAAUUUUUAGCUAAUAGAAAUUUAGGUAAAUGUACAGUAUUUAAAUCAUUAGUUUAUUACUUGAAAGGAACUUUUGUUCCUUUCGUUCAGUGUGCGAUAACAGCUUUUAUGUGGUACAACUACAUUUCCUUUUUCUUCAUUGAAAUUUUACCUCUUUAACUGAAGUUAUGUCUGUCUAUAAUAGCUUCAGAUUUCUGUAACCAACUCGUAGAUGAUUGAAGUUACUCUUGAUAUAAAAUGAAUUAUAAAAAUUAUUUUUAGCAAAAUUUUAUAGUAAUUUCAAUACCACAUGGUAGCAAAAAGCUAUCUGGUUAGAAUCUUUAGCUUUUCUUGUUAGUUUCUAUCCUAUUAUUUUCCCCUCCUUAAAAAAAAA